AUGGCCGACGACGGUCACUUCCACCAACAUCACGGGGCAGAAGGACACAGUGGGUGCGGCUGCAGCACGCACGGUACCGAUGGUCACGCUCCGCCGCCCCCGACGGAGGAGGAAGCGCGUUCACUGCUUCAGCAGUCGAACCUCUACCCUUAUAUAGACUUGAGCCGGGUGACGGCGCUAAACGACGGCGGUGCUGCUUCGCGCGCUCUCGUUCCGUACCACCAGCGCAGACCAGGUGAGACCUACCUCUGCCGUAGCGUUGCCGACCAGCAGCUGAUUAUCGUCGUGCCGUUUUCGGUGACGGUCAAGAUCACACACAUCGGUGUCACUGGACCAGCCGCGGAGGAGGCUCGCUGGCCCGCCACCAUGCGCGCUUACGUGAAUCGAGACGAUGUGGACUUUGCAACGGUCGAGCAGAUGGCGUGCACUCAGAGCUGGGAAUUGGCUGGACCCCAUCGACCAGAGGUGGAACCACUUUACGCAACACGACCAGCAAAGUUCCAGAAUGUUCAGCGUGUGACGUUGUUCUUCCCGGGGAACCUCAGCGGGGACGACGGGAGCACCGCGAUUGAGCACAUCGGCUUUUACGGCAAGGCCACUGGCUAUCGGAGAGCACCAGUGGCUGCGGUCUACGAGGCGCGUCCACUAGCGACGGAUUCCCGUUCGCGUGUCGAAGUGAACCAUGCCUCCCAGUACGGUCUGUGA